AUGCCCAAGAGGCUGCUGCUUCUGCCGUCGUUCUCCGCGUCCUCGACCUUCCGCGCCCGGCGAGCCUGCCCCGCCGCCCGGCCGGCCAUGAACGCCGCUCGUACCGGCUACCGAGUCUUCUCGGCCAACUCCACGGCCGCCUGCACGGAGCUGGCGAAGCGCAUCACCGAGCGUCUUGGUGCUGAACUGGGAAAAUCGGUUGUAUACCAGGAGACCAAUGGAGAGACAAGAGUGGAAAUUAAGGAGUCGGUGCGGGGCCAGGAUAUUUUCAUCAUCCAGACCAUACCCAGAGACGUGAACACGGCGGUGAUGGAGUUGCUGAUCAUGGCUUAUGCGCUGAAGACGGCCUGUGCCAGGACCAUUACUGGGGUCAUCCCUUACUUCCCGUACAGCAAGCAGAGCAAGAUGAGGAAGAGGGGCUCCAUCGUGUGCAAGCUGCUGGCAUCCAUGCUGGCCAAAGCAGGUUUAACUCACAUUAUCACUAUGGACCUCCAUCAAAAGGAGAUACAAGGCUUUUUCAGCUUCCCUGUGGACAACCUCCGCGCCUCCCCUUUCCUGCUCCAGUAUAUCCAGGAAGAAAUUCCAAAUUACAGAAAUGCAGUCAUCGUAGCUAAGUCUCCUGAUGCCGCUAAAAGGGCCCAGUCAUAUGCUGAGAGGCUGCGUCUGGGGUUGGCCGUUAUCCACGGGGAAGCCCAGUGUACCGAGCUGGACAUGGAUGACGGGCGGCACUCUCCACCAAUGGUCAGGAACGCCACAGUGCACCCGGGCCUGGAACUGCCAUUGAUGAUGGCUAAAGAGAAGCCGCCCAUAACCGUGGUUGGAGAUGUCGGCGGACGCAUCGCAAUCAUCGUGGAUGACAUCAUUGAUGACGUGGAGAGCUUCGUUGCUGCCGCGGAGAUCCUGAAAGAGAGAGGUGCUUACAAGAUCUACGUCAUGGCCACACAUGGCAUCCUGUCGGCAGACGCCCCCCGCCUGAUAGAGGAGUCCUCCAUCGACGAGGUGGUGGUGACCAACACCGUCCCUCACGAGGUGCAAAAGCUGCAGUGCCCCAAGAUAAAGACGGUGGACAUCAGCUUGAUCCUCUCGGAGGCGAUUCGCAGAAUCCACAACGGGGAGUCCAUGGCAUACCUUUUCCGAAACAUCACUGUGGAUGACUAGCUCCCAUGGCAGCCCUGCCCCGGAACUCCUUCGGAAAACACAUAAAAGCAGAGCCAUCAAGGA